AUGAAAAGUGUGGUCGUGCUUAGUUUGCUGUUGUGCAUUUGCAGUACAGCCUUGUGUGUGCAGGUCAGGGAUGGCGACAAAAGUUUCCCCUUAGAGGCAGUGAAGCAGCUGAAGGUGAUGAUGGAUGACAUCGGGGCGCGACUUGGCCCUCGGCUAGCCCGCACCGGUGCAGUGCCUGCCGUGUGCGCAAACCCAGUCCUGCCUCAGGUGUUCUAUCCCGUGUGCCAAGGCCAGAGCGCUGCCGGGGUCUUCUCCCGACUCGUGAACAUCUUGGUUUCUUCGGACCCGUGUGAAAUAUGCGCCAACCCCUCCUGUUUUGGCUGUCUGCAAUGA